AUGUUUAAAAAAGUAUCAAUAAGCUCUUUAGGACUGCCACGUUCCAAAUCUCUUAAUGAAACUUCAUCCUCGAGCAAGAAACAUUCGACAGCAAAAAGUUACGGUGCCCCCCUUUCACUUGAUCGCUUUCUCACUAAUGAAGGUCAUCGGAUAGUGGCAUCUUUUCAACGGGUGAAACAGACCCAAGGACAUGUUCAAAGAGGUCAUUUCCACAAGGUGACCGAAAAAGAUUUUGACGAUCUAUUGAAAUCUUGUAAGGGCACGGCUACCCGAGCUUUCGAAACAUUGAAUUACGAAUACCUAAAUCUGUCACACCACGAAUGCAAGUUUCUGGCCAAACUACUUAAAUCCGACGUCAUAGUUAAAACACUAAAAUUAUCGAGAAACCAUUUGGCCGGCACCCCACUAAAAACCUUGUUGAAAGCUCUGCGAAAAAACACCAACGUGAAAGUACUUGACCUAUCGUACAACCUUAUAACCGAUACGGAGGCUAAAUGGUUGGGAAAGCUGUUGAAAAAGAAUAAAACCAUCAAGGAACUUUACGUGUCCUUCAAUCGUAUUGGAAGUGAUGGUGCGAAGCAUCUCUCCAAGGCGUUGGAGGAAAAUACCACCAUUGAGCGCUUGAGUCUCGAGUCAAACAGGUUGGACGUGCAAGGUGGUUGUUACAUAGCAAGUAUGCUAAAAGUUAACAACACCAUCAAGCAUAUCCACCUGGGUAGCAACAAUCUUCAAUUGGCUGGCAUCAAGGAGAUUUCGAACGCGCUCAAGGUCAACUCCUCCCUGGUUAGCCUGAGUCUUGACGUCAAUAAUCUCGCGUCGGAAGGUGCAAAGUCGGUGUCGGAAGCUUUGAAGACAAACAAGACACUCACACACCUCUAUCUACCGCGGAAUAACAUCGGUGACCAAGGACUGAAAUACCUUAGCAAAGCACUAUUGUCGAACACCACAAUGACUUAUCUAGAUUUGGAAUAUAACAAUAUCAACAAGGAUGGCAGCAUCGAAGGCAUUGAAUCGAUGGGCAAAUUAUUGGAGAGUCAUGUCGUCCCGCGUGCCCUCAAUCUCACCAACAAUAACGUGGGCAAUGAAGGAUGCGUGGCCCUUUUCUCAGGGAUCCACAAGAACAAAACACUAGAAUCAAUUAUCCUCUCACAUUGUAAUAUUGGGCUGGACGGCACUCGAGCAAUAAGCAAAGCAUUGAAGGAUAACGACGGAUUGCAAAAUCUUUCGUUGCACAGGAAUAGUGAGAUGGGAGUCGACGGGCAUUUGGAACUUGCUCAAGCGCUGGAGAAGAACACAAGUCUCAAGGGAAUACAACUGGAUUACAAUUUUACCGAAUGGGAGACAAUUGGUAAUUCGAUUCAUCAAUCGUUGACCAGGAAUCAUUUUCUUCAACGAGAGAAAUAUAAUGUCGCCUGUAGAAUCGAGAUAGCUGCUAGAAUCAUGUUGAAUGUCAGCGUAAAACAACAGUUGCCUCCAUUUCCCGGAAACUCAGGCCCGAUAUUACUGAUGCACUCGACACCCGAUUCACCUCGAAAAAAAUUGGAAUUCACAAGACUUCCGUUUGAAAUACAAGAACAAAUUUUAUUUGCGAUUGAUUCAAAUCAUGUGUUGACGAACCUUCAACUUAUCACGAUCAUAAAGUGGGCGAUGAAGCGGUCGACAUUAGGGAAGAACAUGAAAGAAUUUUUAACAGAAACAUUGAGUACCUAUUAUCCACUCACAAAUGAUGUCCGACUUUGGCCUACCGAGGCCACAGAUGUUGGUGGUUCGGCCAUGGAAAGAUUCUAA